AUGAACCAUAAUACAAAAUACAUGGAGAAUAGAAACAAUGUGACAGAGUUUGUUCUCUUGGGGCUCACGCAGAAUCCAAAGUUGCAGAAGGUCAUAUUUGUUGUGUUUUUGGUCAUCUACAUCAUCUCUGUGGUAGGAAAUAUGUUCAUCAUGGUCACCAUCAUAGUCAGUCCAUUACGGAGUUCUCCCAUGUACUUUUUUCUGGCCUAUCUCUCCUUUAUUGAUGCUUGCUACUCCUCUGUGAAUACCCCUAAACUGAUUGUCGAUUCCCUCCGUGAAAGGAAGACCAUCCUGUUCAAUGGAUGCAUGACCCAAAUCUUUGGGGAACAUUUCUUGGGAAGUGCUGGGGCCAUCCUGCUCACUGUGAUGGCCUAUGACUGCUAUGUGGCCAUUUGCAAGCCCUUGCACUAUGCAAGCAUCAUGAACUGGCGGGUGUGUUGGCUGCUAAUUGGGGUGGCAUGGGUGGGAGGCUUUCUUCAUGGAAUCAUACAGAUCUUUUUCAUCUUCAGGUUACCCUUCUGUGGCCCUAAUGUCAUCGAUCACUUUUUGUGUGAUCUGAACCCUUUGCUAAAUCUUGCCUGCACUGAUACUCACACUCUAGGAUUAUUUGUUGCUGCCAACAGUGGUCUCAUCUGCCUUAUAAACUUCACCCUCCUGAUGGGCUCCUAUGUGGUCAUUCUGCGCUCCCUAAGGAACCACAGUUUGGAGGCGAGGCACAAGGCCCUCUCCACGUGUGUCUCCCACAUCACAGUUGUCACCAUGCUCCUUGUGCCCUGUAUGUUUGAAUAUCUGAGACCACCAGUUACUUUACCAAUUGAUAAAGCAGUGGCUGUAUUCUACACUAUGAUAACUCCCAUGUUAAAUCCCUUCAUCUAUACUUUGAGAAAUGCCCAAAUGAAAAAUGCCAUUAGGAAUUUGUGUAAUAGACAAGCUAUUUCAGGUGAUAAAUAA